UUGGUAUAUAACCAUCGCUUUUUGUAUUGUUUUAUUGUUUCAUUAUUUAUCUACAUAUUUAACAUACAGCCGAUGGUUGUUUUAUCUUCUUUUUUCCUAAUACAUGCAUGUUUGUAUUUAACGAACGCUAGUUGCAUUAUCUUAUUUUUUCCUAACAUAUGACCGCCAUGAAUAUACAUGUAUAUGCGAAAAACCCAAACGCGUUACCAACAGACACCGAAUAUAUGUUCGUAUAUUCCAGAAUGGUUCCAUGUAUACUUGUUGACGUGGAAUACCGAAGGUCUCCGGAGCACAAAUUUCCGGCCAGUAAUGAAGAUGCAAAGAGCGUAGUGGCGUGGGUGGCUGCAAAUAAAGCAUCGCUAGGUGGCGCUUCUUCCAGUAAAAUCGGCGUUUCCGGCGAUAGUAACGGCGGAAGGCUAGCUGCUGUCAUGUGCUACGAUCUUCCAGUAGUCGUUGAUUUUGCAGUACUUAUCUACCCUAAAGUAUCGUACCAAGACUACCCAUCUUGCGAUGAAUUUAAAAACGGGCCUCUUCUGCCUAAAGUUCGCAUGGAUUGGUUUUCCAGACUUACGCUUACUGAAGACGACUACCGAAACCCCCGGGCCUCUGUUGUUUUGCAGCCGGACCACAGCGUCAUGCCCCCGACCCUGGUGCUUGUAGCGGAACUGGAUCCCCUCAGGGACGGAGCGCUUGAUUACGUGAAGAUAUUGACAGCCGCUGGUGUUGACGUCGAGAUGGAGCUGAUUAAAGGGGUACCACACACCUUCUGGACUUUACCAGGAGCCUUCAAAGAGAACUGUCAGCGUUCAUACGAGCGUGUAGCGGCAUUCAUCCGAAAACAAUCCUUGUGGACCGGGUGGGACGAUUUUUGUGUUGCUUUAACUCACUCUCAUUUGUAUAUUUGUAAAAACAUCUUCCUGAUAUUUGAUACUGACUCAUUUUUUCAUCCUUACAUGUACACAUGUAUUUGAACAAAAGUUACAUACAAUUUAUUGCAUAGAAAUAAUCACGCGACUUGAUUAACUUAGAUUGUGAAAUGUUUUAUUAAGAUUUAAGAAAUAUAAGUAUACUACGUUUCCAAACUCAAGCCUGCAUCGCCUAAGUCAAAGAACGCCGGAAAAGGUGCUUUCAAUGCUUGAACCCAAGACCUCUGGCUGAAGAAGCCAGCCAUCAGACUUAAGGUGCCCAGAAUAUAUUUUGAUGAAAAUAAUUAUUAGAUUCGGAGAGAAAUUUAAUUUUGUUAUGGCAUUUCAA